CGUUCCGAUUCUCCAGCCGAGCACCACCCAGCCCCAAGGAAGGAGAUGAGCUCCGCGGCGGCGGUGGGAGCAGGGAAGGUCGUCUGCGUCACCGGCGCCUCGGGGUACAUAGCGUCCUGGCUUGUCAAGCUCCUCCUCGGCCGCGGCUACACCGUCCGCGCCACCGUCCGGGACACGGCUGACCCUAAGAAAACAUUGCACCUACAGGCCCUGGAUGGAGCUAAGGAUAGACUGCACUUGUUCAAAGCAAGUUUAUUAGAGGAAGGCUCUUUUGAUUCUGCCAUUGGAGGUUCUGAAUGUGUAUUCCACACUGCUUCUCCCUUUUAUCACAAUGUCAAAGAUCCCAAGGCUGAAUUACUUGACCCAGCAGUCAAUGGAACACUCAAUGUUCUGCGUUCCUGCAAGAAAGCUUCUAUUAAAAGAGUGAUUGUAACGUCAUCAAUGGCUGCUGUUGGUUACAAUGGGAAACCAAAAACUCCUGAUGUAGUAGUUGAUGAGACAUGGUUUUCACUUGCAGAGCUCUGUGAAAAGAAUCAGCAAUGGUAUGUGCUAUCCAAGACCCUUGCUGAGGAGGCUGCAUGGAAGUUCUCAAAAGAUAAUGGAUUUGAAAUAGUUACAAUAAACCCAGCAAUGGUCAUCGGUCCCCUGUUGCAGCCUACAUUGAAUACUAGUGCUGAAGCAAUAUUGAAGCUAAUUAAUGGAUCAUCUACUACGUACCCUAAUUUCAGCUUUGGAUGGAUAAAUGUUAAAGAUGUUGCCUUGGCACAUAUUCUAGCAUAUGAAGUUCCUUCAGCAAAUGGAAGAUACUGCAUGGUUGAAAGAGUUGCUCACCACUCAGAGCUUGUCAAGCUCAUACACAAAAUGUAUCCCGACAUUCCCGUGCCAAACAAGUGUGCUGAUGACCAGCCAUUCGUCCCAACCUACCAAGUCUCAAAGGACAAGGUAAGAAGUUUGGGAAUGGAGCUGACUCCCCUGGAUACAAGCAUCAAGGAGACUAUCGAGAGCCUGAAAGAGAAGGGAUUUUUUACUUUUGAGUCGAGCCACCUGUGAAGCAGCAAAACUAGUUUCGGCAUCACUAGUAGCAGACACCAUGUGCUGUGCAUAUGCAUAUGACGUUUAUGUGGGCGGUUUUACGGGUUGUGCCGUGGCGAACUGAAAUAAAUGAGACAUUGUGAUUUGUUGGUCCGUUA